AUGGCUAGCAGAAUGGAUGUUGAAUCUUCCACCACAAAUCUCCCCAAGCGACUCUCUGGCCGAUUCCCAUCAGGGACACCCCUGACCCCGACCACGACCAAGGCGCAAGAUCCUCGGCUUGCCGGCACUGUUAGGCAAUCAAUUGAUCCUCAAUCGUCAAACACGCAACAAGCACACCCUAUCCUUCCCAAAAAACCUGCCUUCAUCAAGAGACCUCUUACAAACCCGCAUCCACAAGUGCCUGCACAACUGGCUCCACUCUCAAUCCCUAACAGCGCCCCGGGCCCUAGGUCCACAGAAAGCCAAAGUGCGCCUAAUCAGCAAAGUGCAUCGUUCAUCUCAGAUUUGGUCAAUUCAUUGAUCAAAGUGAACAAGGGCGAGGAAGAGAAAGAGAGACUCCAAAAGGAAAUAGCUUCUAUCAACAAAAACCUACAGAGGGCGAAGCAAUCUCAACAAUUUCCCAGCGUCAUCGCUCUCUUUCAGCAGCAGCUGGACGUGGCCAAAGAUGAACUGGCCAAUCGUGUCAAAUCGAUCGUGCAGCAUCGAUCACUCUCCAAGCAGGCGCAAGAUAAUUUCAACUCAACAUUGUCGCAGUCGAAGCUUCGGCCUCAGCUCGAAAACAUACCCGAGAGGGUCGCGAGUCUAGAGGACACAGUCAAAGGGAUGGGGCAACGUCCUGAACCAACCGCCGGCGGUGAGAGUCUCGAAAUCGGAUCAGUUCAAAAGGACAUGCAAGGCCAAGAUAUCGCCCAACUCAGAGAAAACCUACGCGAAAUGCAGCAUGCCAUCAACAACCCCAAUGGAUUUGCGGAGGCACUGGAUUACAUGAAGAAAAUUGCGAACUCAGUCGGUCAUCAAUCCAAAAAGAUUGGCCAAUUCACAACACAAAUGUCACAGCUUGAGGAUGAAGUGAAAGAUGUCGACAAGAAGCUUGAUGACAGGGUUGCUACCGUCAAGAAGAUGGUGGACACCAUCAAGGAAGAACUGAAAAUUUCCAACGAGCAGCUUGAGACCAACAUCUCUGAAGCUGGUUGCAAAUUGAAAACUACGAAUGAACAGGUUCAGGUCAAGCUUUCCUCCAUUGAAAGCGAUCUCAGAUCCCUCAAUAAUAAGCGACGUGAUCUGAAUAAUCGCGCCUCGACUCAAGUUUCACAAAUUGAAACUGACUUGGAAGCUCAGAGGAAGCAGGCCACGGAGCAGAUUACCGCCCAAGAAAACCUUGUGGCCUCACUCAGAACCCAGCAACAAAACAUUGACAACGGCGGCCGACUCUCAUCAGAAGGAACACCAACUAUCCAUAACGGGGUGCUUACAAGAGUAGCGUCUCUGGAAAAUAAAAUUCAGAGUCACGCAGAUUUUCUUAACAAUAUUAAGAAACUCCAUAAGGAGGUGGAUCUCCUCCGUCUGUCCGAGUUGGCUGUCCUCCGCCAGAACCAAGAGUCGAGUCAAGCAACACUGGAAGCAAGACACAAUGAGACUUUGCAAAAAAUGGAGGACCUGGCUACAAAAUCCAAGCAAACGACCAAGAAUCAGACGGACAUCACCGCCGAGUUUCAUCAACUUCGGUCGUCCUUGCCAGCGACCUUGGAGCGGUUCCGAACCCAUCUUCAAAAUGGGCUAGAUAGAUUCGAAAAUCGCCUUGCUCCAGUCUCCGACCUUACUCGGGCUUUAACAAAGUGCGAGGGAAAAUUGGAGACUCAUGUCACGGCCAUUCGAUCACUAGAACAACGAUACAACAAUAUCACCACAGGCGACUUGGUGGAUCGCAUGGCGGGUACCAUGCAGAAAAUGUACCCCUCUGUUGAUCUACUGAGUCGACAAUUGACGGCCCACCGAACUGAAGUUGAAGGCAGGAUUUCUGCGCUCAAGACAGCCGCAGACACGUUCAAAGCGGAGACAGAGACGUUCAAAGCGGACACAGAGAUGUUCAAGGCAGAUACGAACCAAUUCAAGGCAGAUACAGUAAAGGCUCAGGCAGACGCACAAAAUGCCCAGGCCAGCGCAGAGAGGUCUCAAGCAGCACAGGUGUCACCAGAGCAGCUCCAGACUUUAACUCAGUUGCCGACUUUGCUUCAACAGGUCAAAGACCUCUCUGAUAAGCUUGUACCGAUUGAGAGUCUCCUCCGCGAGCAUAGUGUCGAGUUGCAGAAAAACCUUGAACUGCGGAGUGAAUUACAAAAUAGGAUCACGGUUCAAGACGACACGAUCGGAGGCAUUGCUCAAAAGGCCGAUGAGCGGGUGGAAGAACUCGAAACCCUCACCAAGUCCACGGAACGGAUCGAUCCAUUGAUCAAGGAGGUCAAUGUCCAAAUCUCGCAAAUCCAAGAGAUUCGACAAAAGGUCGACGAGUUAACCCAAGCUGCGGAGAGCAACGCUACCACAUUGACAGAUCUUGAUGACCUCCAGAGACGGCUGAAAGGCUUAGAAGAUCGGAAAAAAGCUGAAGAUGCAGCUCUUGACGCACUCCGGAAAAGCCUGAAAAUUUGCGAAGACCGAAGCAAACCGGAUGAUGCAGGUCUUGACGCACUUCGGAAACAGAUUCAAGACUUGGAAGAUCGGACCGCAACCGAAGAUAACGAUUUCGGCAAACUUCAGGGACAGCUGCAAGCUCUUGAAGAUCGGAGACCACCGGUAUCACUGGAGCAAUUCAAUGGCCUAAGAGAGGAUGUGAAUAUGUACAUCAAACGUCUGAGGAAUGCCGAAGACACUUUCAAGGCACUUGGAAAAGAAGUAAUGGAUUUCAAUGCCAAAGAAGCAACGGAUUCCGAUACUCUCGAUAAACCAAUGGAGCAGCGCAUCGAUGGGCAGGAAACUCCUCAGUCCCAACCAAACGGACGUGCUCUUACCCCAAGGCCUCGCGGAACACCAAAAACAGUCGCCAGGGGGCCUAGUCUUGGUGCAUACCAGCCAAUGCAGCCCGACAAGAAGGGACAGGACGACAAUUCCAUAGUAAGCGGUUCCAAGUCAAAGAACUCUGUGAUGCAGGCUCGACAGCCAUCGCAGAUACCCACUGGCCCUAGCAGCAGUUAUCCAUCGAUGUUUACUGGCAAAUCUGCCGAACCCCGUCAGGUCCAAAAUCUGAAAGGAAAGCGACGGGUGUCCUCUGUAAUAGACUCCGAUGAAGAGAGGAACACAACUGAAUCCUCUUCGGUAGUCGGGUCUUUGCCGGCUCCUAGAUCUUCUGCCUCGGCACCUUUCAAUCAGGGGUCUAGCAAAAAAGAAAAGAAGAGAGCAAAGAAGAGAUCGGAACAGGCCGAAGAGAAUUCCAAGGCUUUAAAUAGACCGGCCAAGAAGCGAAAGCGAAGCAAACAGGAUGAGUGA